CAGAUCAAGCGACCAUGCGGCGGCACAGCAAUCGACAAUAAUCCCUGGUCAGAAUCAUGGCAAAUACGCACUUGCUUACAAAGAUAGGACCAUGUUACCAUGUUUAGCGCAGGCACCAUGUGCUAGGGGGACUUCUUUGUAGGCACAGAAGUUCAAGGCAGCCCAAUCGGAUCAAAAUGAAUAUUAAGUCUCUACCUACCUUGUAUACAGCUCAAAGCUUUCCAGCUACGAACUUAGCUUUAAAUACAGCUCGUCAGCCAAGAUGGCAACUCAUCUCGACGCGGUGUUUUUAUAGUGAGGUUAUCGUAUAGGACCAUUCUAUAAAACCUCCAAGCGGCUUCGUCGUUCCUGUGUAACCAAGGUUACUCCUUAGUCAGUUCAAGAUGCACCUGAGGAACACCAUCUUGGCCGGGCUACUAGGCCUCGCCAGUUCAGUCGAGUCCAAGAUCGUUCAAACGAACACCGGGACAUUCCAAGGCGGGAAGUGUAGCUUGACGGACGUGAACUACUUCUUCUCUAUCCCAUACGCCAAACCCCCUGUUGGCGAACGGCGAUUUGCGCCACCAGAGCCCCUAUCGAACUCUUCAAGCAAAGUAGUCAACGCCACGGCCCCGGCUCCUUCCUGUUUACAGUUUUCGGGGGGACUCUUUGAUGAGACGAAUACACAGAGUGAAGACUGCCUCUUUUUAAAUGUUUAUGUACCUGCUACUCCAAGCCCAAAGCUGCCUGUGAAGGUAUGGCUAUACGGAGGGAGCAAUGCGGCUGGAGGAAUCUCAGACGCAAUAUAUAACGGAUGCUUCUCUGCCCAAGAUUCCAUCAUCGUCACGGUCAACUAUCGUGUGGGUCCCCUGGGCUUCCUAGCACUGGAAGACCUGGGCUUAACCGGCAACUAUGGCAUCCAAGACCAGCUUCUAGCUCUACGCUGGGUAAACGAAAACAUCGCCGAGUUCGGUGGCGAUCCGCAAAAAGUACUCCUCUUCGGAGAAUCCGCCGGCGCCAUCGACACUUUCGUACUUUCCACACUACCCGAAGUAUCGCAGCUAGUCCGCGCUGUCGCCAUGGAGUCCGGGGCUGGGAGAGAUCUAGCGACAUUAGCCGACUCCAAAGUCUGGUACACCGAAUUCCUCAACGCAAUGAACUGCACCACACCAGACCUCUCCUGCCUCCGCACCGCCUCCCCAUCCGCCAUCAAAGCCGCCGCGAAAGCCAUGCCGACGCCCAAAGUCACAGUCGUCAACACCGCGCUCGCCAACAACGGUACGCGAAGCGCCUGGACGCCCAUCCUCGACGGAACUGUGAUAAAAGCACAGCCCUCCACCAUCGGGGUCCGCAUCCCCGCCAUCAUCGGCUCCAACGCCGCCGAAGGCGCUCUCUUCGUACUAACCACGUACGGCGCCGCCACGCUGCACAACGCACUCACACAGGCGCAAUACGACGCCUUCCUGACAUACAACUUCGGGCCGCUAGCGACGCGCGUGAACGAGACAUACUCCGCGACGAGAGCCUUCAACGGCUCCGUGCUCGCCGCCAUGACGGAGAUAACAACCGACGUCUCGUACCGAUGCCCGUCGUACCGCGCGCUGGUACAAGCGGAGAAGAACAGCGUGCCGGUAUGGAGCUACCGGUUCUCCCACGUGCCCAGCUGCUCAUGGUACACCGGGUUGCAAGCGGCAUGGAUCCCGUACCUCGGGGCCACGCAUACGACGGAGAUCCCGUUCGUGUUUAACUUCACGGCGAAUAUGCCGCCGCCGGAUGGGAACUGUACGUUUACGCCGGCGGAGCAGACUUUGGCUCAUGAUAUGAGUCGUGCGUGGACGAAUAUGGCGGAGUUGGGCAGGCCGGGAGAACAGACCGUGUGGCCGGAGUGGAGGUCGAAUGGGAGUGUUGGCGUGGUUAUGGAUGGUGCGAUGGUGCCUGGGGUGGUGGAUUAUUCGACGUGCGGGUUUUGGGACACGGUUAAUUCGGAGUUGAACGAGUAUUGGAAUACGCGGGGUUGAGGAGAGGGAUAUAUAAGAGUCAUUAUCACAAGUAUCUAAAAAGCCUAUAUGGCUCCUAAUUCUUCGGCGGACCCUCAGUAAUUUGCCGGCUAGUGGUACGU